AUGGAUAAGCCACAAUCGAAAUGUUUUCAAGAUUUUAUUGUUUGUCUUGAUGAAUUAAAGACCCCACCAACUUCCUUAGAUAACGAAGUAACUAUUGGACGAGUGUUGCAAUACUUGACUAAUGUAUUAAAGGUACAAAAUCGUCGAAAGAUCUAUGGUUUUCUAGCUAAUUUCACACAUAUAACAUUUUAUUGUACUGAAAAGAAACCAUAUUCGACUUCAUAUAAUUAUUAUAAAAGUCAAAAUUUUAAACUGUUUGAUUCUUUUUCUGAACUAUCAUCAUCUGUUGGUACGAAAAGAAAUUUGAAUAAAGAAACAUGGAAAAUAUUUACAACAUAUUUAACAAUGAAUCCGAACUUUUACCAAUAUACAACGUUAAAUAUAAAUCCUCUUGAUGAUUUACGUGGUGAUAGAUAUUCAAUUUCUAAGGAAAAAAGAUUGAGUUUUGCGUUACUUAAAGUAAAACCCGUUUUUCUUUUACGAUCGGUAGAACUUUUUUCUUAA